AUGUUUUAUCCUUAUAAUAGUAGAUUUCGUGAUCGAUAUGAAAAAAGUCAAUAUGAUCUUGAACAAGCUAUUAAAGAUCGUGACAUAACGGCUAAUAAAUUCAAACACGUUCUUGACCAAUUACAUGAUUUGGAACGACAAGUACCCGAAUUACGUAAAAAAGCUGAUGAUGAACGUGCAAAGAAAGAGGCUGCUGUUAAUAAAUUACAAGAAAUCGUUACAAAUCCAAUGCAACAUAAUCCAUUCUAUUCUCGACCUACGGGUGGUAGUCGUCGACAUGAUCGUGAUCGUAAUGAACGUAAUGUAGUACGACGUCUUGAGCAAGCAUUAACAGUGGAACGUAUGAAAUAUACAAAAUUACAAAAUGAAAAAGAUGAUGAAGUAGCUACAUUAUUAGAAGAUAUAAAUAAAUUAAAACGUGAAUUAGAAAUACGACGAGAUGAAAUUGAAAAAUUUAAACAACAACUUGAAUCACGUACAUCAAAUGAUAAUAUUUCUUCAAUAGCUGAAGAAGUUGAUGAUGAUUCAAAAGAUUAUUUAGAAAGUUGGGUACAAACUCCAAAGAAAAGUAAUAUUCAAAAAUAUGGAUGGAAAAAACAAUUAGCUGUUUUGAAAAAAAAUCGUUUAUUAUUAUACAAUUCAGAAAAAGAUCAACAAGCCGUUAUUUCAAUUGAUAUUGAGUAAGCAAUAAAAUAAUAAACUCUUUAUAUAUAUAGUUAAAUUAAAGUUCAAUGAAGACAAAAAUUUAAAUACUAUUAUAGAUUUUUCAGCUAAACAAUGGCUUAGUGACUGGUAGCUGACUAUCACCAUUACAUCUCCAUUUAUUGCAAGUUUCAUAUCAGCAGGCCAUACGAUUAGGGGGGGGGGGGGGGGGGGGGGGAGGUGGCCCCCCCUAAAAUUUGGGGAGAAAGGCGCCCGGGCAGAAAUAAUGGUUUUCUUCCAGCGGAUUUUCUCUUUGGAAAAAUAUUUUCGUUUUCUCCCAGCAGAUUCUCUUUGGAAAAAAAAAAUUUUCCCCCCCUUGGUCAAAAACAAACGAAAACUCUGCAUAUCAGUCAAUUCUUUUUAAUUUAACCACAGGAAUAGCUUAAGGCCCCCCCCACUCAAAAAUCGAUUUCGGCUCCGGUACAUGCAAAUCGCAUGAAAUUUUCAGGAUAUGUUAGGGUUAUAGUGGAGAAGCUAUGGU